AAAAAAUCUUCUAUAAUUUCUAAAAAAAAAUAAAUCAUUUUCCGGUGAGACCUCCAUUUCCGUCCCCCAUGGCCAGCCCAGGUCUAUGUUUCUGAUCGCCACCAUCCUAAGCCGACCGCGAAAAUCCCAAAGCCCUCUCAAUUUUUCUUACCCUGUCGCCCUCGCUUUCUAUUCUCUCCCAUUCUCAUUCGCCUCUCUCUCUCUCUCCGGCAUUAAUGACGAGCACCACAGUCUCCCCUCGUCGCAACCCCAAAGACCCCUGAAGCCGAAACCGUGCUCCUUCACAAACAGGAUCGAUGAAAAGAGAAUAAGCAAGGAGUUUUGUUAAUCAACAAUCCAACAAUGGAAUCUACCAACUUCUGUCCUGAUACUCCUCAUUUUCAUAGGAUGAUCUUACAAGAUUCUCUUUUUGACAAUAAACUUAAAAUUCCCAAAGAGUUUAUGGUAAAAUAUGGUAGUAAUAUUGAUACAUCAAAGCCAAUAGUGGUGAAAGUCCCUGGUGGUGGAGCAUGGAAAAUGAACUUGACCAAAUGUGAUGGCCAUAUUUGGCUGGGUGAAGGUUGGCCAAGCUUUGCAAGGCAUUACUCCAUAGAACGUGGAUAUUCCUUGUUUUUUAGAUAUGAAGGUCAAUCUAGAUUUCAUGUGGUCAUAAUCGGUGUAAAUGGUUCAGAGAUAUGCUAUCCUGCUGUAGUUAUUACUACUUCCAAACAUUCUGAUGGUACCUUAAAUCCCACCAAUAUUAUUGUAGCUCAAGAAGAAGAUGAAGAGUUUGACUCUCGUGAAAACCUUAACAGAAAAAGAAAGGAGAAACUUGCACCACCAUUUUCUUCUCCCAAGAGAAGGAAAAAAGAGCUUUUUGUUAGUAGUGACAAUGAUGAUGACGAGUACGCAGCAGCAGCACCACCUAAGGAUCAAGUGAACAUGGGAGAUUCAGAGUGUGUUGAAUCUGUCAACAAAACAGGAAUGCUUAAGGCUCUUGCCAAAAAGGGUGGUAGUAGAGUAGAAGAACAUUUUAGAUCGAUGACUGUAGAAGAAAAAGAUGAAGCUUUAUUUAGGAUGACAAACUUAACAUCCCAAUACCCAUAUUUUAAGAUUGUCUUAAAGAAGAUGCAUCUGCAUGAUCGAUAUGAGUUGGCCUUACCAGCAGAAUUUUGGAGAGAAAAUGUCGGUGAAAAAUCUGAUCUUGAUAUUACUCUAUAUGUUCCUCAUAAUGGGAGAACUUGGCUUGGGAAACUUCAGAUAAAAGCUAGAAAUGGCUCACCAAGAGCUGUAAUCUCGAUAAGAUGUUGGCGGGAAUUUGCUGUGGAAAAUUGCUUGAAACUGAGCGAUGUUUGUACAUUUGAACUGACUAAUAAAAAUGAAAUGAUGUUCAAAGUUUCCAUCAACAGAGCAACACUGUGUGAUCAAAACAACCAACAAUCCGAAGGAAAUGUGAAGCUUGGCGCCAAAUCUAAAGAUCACACAAGCGACCAGGUAACUCAAGGCGCGUUUUCAUCUUCAAGGGGUGGCAAAUUUUCUGAAGGAGCAACCGUUAAACAAUCUAAUCCCAGUUUCGAAAUUAUAUUAGGGCAGUCUGCUGGAAAAUUAAAGCGUAUUCCGCUGUAUAUCUCAAAUAAUUUUCUACAAGGAAAGCCAGGAGCUGUAACAAUACAGGUUGGGAAGAAAUUGUGGGGUGUUAAUUUGUCUGGUGGUUCAGGUGGACUGUUUUUUUGUGGUGGAUGGCCUAAAUUUGUAAAGGAGAACCAUUUGCAGCCUGGAGAUUCUUGUCUCUUUGAAUUGGUUACCAAAGAAACCGAUACAGAUAACACUUUGCUAAACGCUACCAUUUCUCGGCGAAUCAACCCUGCUGCUGUAAGUGCUUUAAUUAGCUAUAGGACUUAGACAAAGGACUUGUUAAUUAUGUAUAAGAUAAUAUAUAAGACCUAAUUAAGAAUAUUAGUGCUUUCUUGUUCUUUCCCAUGGUGUUCCUCAAUCAAGACUUGUUUUAGCAUUGUCAAUUCUCAAUUGUUUGGUGUGCCUUUUAGGUUCAACAAAAAGAGACUUUAUUUGUAUUUACAGUAUUUGUGUUGUUGCAGAACACCUCUUUUAUUUAAAAUAUAUAUAGUGAUAAAAUUAUUUAAAACGUUCAGCACUUGCUGAUAAAAAAUCACUAUAUUGUGAAA